ACGGUGCGCACGCGCCGCUUGUCCUCAGUGCCGGUGACACCACGUGAAAUCCUGUUGACACUGAUCAUCACUCUACUUUCAAGAGUUUCAGAUGCACUGCUAAAGUAUGGUGGGGCAUUGGUUGGCGUGGCUGUUAACGGCUGUAAUAGCCGGGACAGCAGUGGGUUGUAGCCUGGAGCCGGUGGGACGCGUGGGGCCCAAAUCUCCCGGGGACAACUACUACCGCCUGCUCAUCAACGGGGACGUCGAGCGGUAUCUGCCCGGACAGAGAUAUGUCGUGACCCUAGUUGGUUCCCGUACUCAUGACGUGGUGCAGCAGUUCACCCGCUUCAAGCUGACACUGGAGCCUCUAGGCGGGAGAGACCUGCACGCCCCCAGCCGCCUGGGGCAGUUCCAGCUGUUCGCCGACACUCUGACCUCCUUCGACGACGAGUGCGUCACCGCUGUUCUAGAGGCCGAUGACUUGCCCAAAACUGAGGUCCAGGUCAUGUGGAAGGCGCCGCCUGCAGGCUCCGGAUGCGUGCUGCUUAAGGCAAUGGUGUAUGAAAAUGCGAGCCGCUGGUUUGCGGAGGACGGACAGCUCACCCGUCGUGUGUGCGAGGACACCAGCGCCGCCGCCACACAGUGCUGCGCCUGCGACGCCGCUAAAUAUAAGAUGGUAUUCCAAGGCGUGUGGUCGCCGCAGACGCACCCGAAGGAUUUCCCCACGCAGGCGCUGUGGCUGACCCACUUCUCUGAUAUCAUCGGGGCCACGCAUCCCCACAACUUCUCCUUUUGGGGAGAGGGCCAGAUCGCUACCGAUGGGUUCAGGUCACUAGCGGAGUGGGGCUCCGUGGAGCUGAUGGAACGAGAGCUACGUCAACAGGGGAAGCUGCUGCGGGCCAUCGUCAGGGUCCCAGGGCUCUGGCACCCGCGCCUCAACCACAACACCAGCGCCGCCUUCUCUGUGGACCGCCGCCGCCCGCUGCUGUCGCUGGCCUCCAUGUUUGGUCCAUCCCCUGACUGGGUGGUGGGUGUGAACGGGCUGGACCUCUGCCUGAAAGACUGCACCUGGGUAGAAGAGAAAGUGGUCGAUCUGUACCCCUAUGAUGCUGGCACUGACAACGGCAUCUCGUAUUUGUCUCCGAACUCGGAGACGGUCCCCCGCGAGCGCAUGUACCGCAUCACUCCCAUGUACCCGGAGGACCCUCGGGCCCCCUUCUACAGCCCCGGGGCGGGGGAGGUGCCUCCCCUGGCGCGCCUCUAUCUCACCAGGGAGAAGCUGCUCCCUCAAUCCUGCGACGAGGAGACGCUGCAAUCGCUGGUCGUCGAGGAAGUAGACAAUACAGAGGCCGCUGAGAAACCGGAGUGCGCGGUGUCGGAGUGGGGCGCGUGGUCGUCAUGCUCGGUGUCGUGCGGCAAGGGGCUGCGCAUGCGCACGCGCCGGUACCGCAUGCCGCAGAAGGCGCAGAUGUUCCGCUGCGACCGACAGCUCGUCGCCAAGGAGAUGUGCGUCGCCAGCCUGCCUGAAUGCCCAGAUAAUACUGGCAACGAGGAGGACGCAGACCUAGCGGGCGUCGAGGUGGAGGACGUUUCCGGCAUCUGCCAAGUGUCGGAGUGGAGCGACUGGAGACCAUGCUCCGUGUCCUGCGGGGCCGGCAUCACUCUGCGCAACAGGCACUUCCUGCACCGCAUGGGGCCCAAGAAGUGUCCCCUCGUGCCCAUCGAGGAGACCCACAAGUGCAUGGAGGCUCCGUGCACGGAGGAACAAGUUGAAGCUACCGACCCCUCCUGCCCCACCACCCCGUGGUCGGCAUGGUCCGCGUGCUCGGCGUCGUGCGGCGCCGGGGCUCAGUUCCGCACGCGCCUACUGCUGGUGGAGCCGGAGAGGCAGCUCAUCUGCGCUGAUAAGGUGCAGCUGCUGCAGCACCAGCCUUGCACCUUGAAACCCACCUGCGAUGUCGACAUGAUCACCGCUAAACAGAUCUGCAUGGAGGGUAUAGAGGUGGGCCCUUGCCGGGGCCAGUUCGAGCGCUGGGCGUUUGUGGCCAUGAAGGGCAUGUGCGUUCCGUUCGCAUACGGCGGUUGCCGUGGCAACCGGAACAACUUCCUGUCGCAGCAGAACUGCCUCGACACCUGCGCUCAGAUCCUGGGUGGUGCAGGCCCCGGCGGGGUGGGACCGAAUAACCCCGGCCUCAGCGUGAACUCCGCUGCCCCAGUGUCAAGCGUGACAGGGCCGCCAGCGCCGCAGGCAGGCGACUGCCAGGUGAGCGCGUGGAGCGAGUGGAGCCGCUGCAGCGUGAGCUGCGGGGCCGGCUACCAGGAGCGCACCAGGACCGUGCUGGUGCAGGCGAGCCCCGGGGGCGCGCCCUGUCCGCCGCGUCUCGUUCGCCGCCGAAGAUGUAAUAGGGUAUGCUAGUUUUACUAGCACCACUGCCCUAAUAAAUCAAAUUAACGCUAGAUAUAAACAAUUUUCGUAAUGAUAUUGGUUUUUUGAUUGUAAAUACCAGUCUGGUCUAAAUCCAGUAGCCAGUAGCCUUAGUACGAGUUUGAGCUCACGAAAACUAUCAUAGCUGUCGUAAUUACAAAUUAUGUUUCUAUAUCCAUUUUGAUGAAAAGUAACCAAAUAAAUUUAAAAUUUAAUUAGACGCAAAUGAUUUAAUGAUAGAAUUUAAACACUGUUUAUUUGUAUUGAAACGUAAACAAUAAAAUCAGUACCCUUAGUGGGAGUGCGAGCUCACGAAAACUAUCAUAGUUUUCGUAAUUGUAAAACUCAUAAUAAAGGUACUGACUUUUGCGAGAUAGAAAUCGAUUGAAAGGUAUGACAGAUUUACAAAAUGUACGUACGUAAUUAUAGGCAAAAAUGUGCGGUUCUUUUUGUUUGCUAGCCGAAUUAAUUUUUACUUUACGUAAUACAAGUUUUGUGUUUUUAAUAAAAGUGUUAAUUAACAUAACAGUUGUUGUUUACGAAAUGAGUCUUUACUUAUUUAAGUUUCGAAGCAUUUUUCAGCAUUUAUUUGUAGC